GGAAUAUUUAAAAAAAAAACGUAUAUCCGCAGUGCGGCCUCCACUUGCACAUAUAGUGAUUUCGCCCCUCCAUGGCGCCUACACAGGUCUUUCUCUCAGUUAAAAUCCCUCUCCAAUUGAAAUCAAACAGAGUUUUUCAUCCUAGAUUUAACCCCAACCGCUAUCUAACCUAUGAUUAUGCUCUUCUGGAAUGGCGCUCGAGUGUAAGCACUUCAAGUUACCCACCAAAGACCGGUGCUUUAAGUACUACCACCAGGGCAAACCCUUUCCCCUCUGAAAAGAACAAUUCAAGCCAAAGUCGAGAUCUUUUUUAUGAAUUUCUCCGAAAUACAGUAGUGCUGACGGCAACGAUGAUCGCUUUGUGUGGCGGCGGUAAUAAUUUCGCUCUAGCCGGCCCCGGUGAUUGUUGCUAUUUUCGGAAGAGCCCAAUAAAAGAGGAAGAAAUACUAUCUCAUUUUGAGUUGGAUAUGCAUUUUAAAGACCCGGAAUUAGAUGCUCUCUUUGGUUCUUUGUUUUUGAUCUGGCUUUCAUUUGCGUCCUGUGUAGUCUAUGUCUCAUUGUUUCCGCCUCCUCCAGACAAAAUCUACAGAGUUCAAGUAGCAAUGCGUGAAAAAGAUGGAAGAAUUCGAGGGCAACUUCAAAAAAUUGCCAUUAGACCAUCUCGUUCCUCUUUAAUCCUUUAUCGGCGUCCAAUCAGGUUUCGUGAUAGGAGUGGCGAUAGAUGGAUGGGAUUAAAACAAUUGCACGGUGUAACUGAGUUUCUUCUUGCAAACCUGGAGUCAUGCAUCUAUGGUUAUGCUUCUGUUCAUCCGGAAGAGACAGGCAUGCUGAUGCUUGUCUCGGAAGAGCAGAAAAAGUUUGAUGUCGGUCCUAGGUUUUAUCUUGAAAUGUCCUUAUUGGAUGUUUUUGAAGACGAGAUCUCAUUUCUUAAAAGACUUGUCGUUGCUUGCUUCAACUUCAUUGUUGGAAGAAAGAUAUCCAUUGUUGCAGAGACCACACAAAAGGAACAAAACAAUGGCUAUAUAGUGGUAACAAUAUUAGUUUGUACUAAUGCCCCCCUGGAGUUUUCCAUUAUGAAUAACGGUGAAGACUUGAAGAAGAACUUGCAAACCCUAAAUUCCUUUACCCAGUGCUGUAGAAAAGUUGACAUUUUGUGGGCGCCUCGAUUGGUUAAUGAAUGGCUGACAUUGGAAGAAUUGCAAGAAAAGUGUCCCCAUUUCAUACCACUCUAAAUAGGAAUGCAAAUGAGCUGAGUUCGAACUUCGCUAUAUUCGAGCGGGAUAGAUUAAAGCGGAGAGUUCGAGCUAGAACUCGAACGAGUUUUGUAAUUUUGGAUUCAGAAAUUCUUCUUAUACACGUAUGUAUAAGAAUGGGUCAAUCGAAAAGGUGUGUAAGAGUGUUUCAAAAUUCUGAAAGAUCGAUUUCAAAAUUCAUGGUCAUAAUUUCAUUAACUUAUAAAC